AUGGUCAGUAGCCUCUCCGCGCCGCCGAGACGGUCCAUCCAUGUCCAUCCUCACGCUGAUGCAGCGAACUUCUCCAGCGGCCUAGACAAGCCGGCUGCAUACGCGCAACUCUUGGACUCCCUUACCACCCUUGUUGCUGACCAGCGGAACUGGGUGGCCAAUACCGCCAACACCGCCUCGCUGCUCUGGCACCUGUUCCACUCGCUCCCGGGCCCUUCGGCGGCCGUCAACUGGAGCGGCUUCUAUGUCCUCGACCCUCUUGACCAAGAUCAGUUGAUCCUUGGCCCUUUCAUGGGCAAGGUCGCCUGCCAGACGAUUCGGAUCGGGAAGGGUGUGUGCGGUGCUGCAGCCCAGCAGGGCACAACCGUGCUGGUGAAGGACGUUGAUCAGUUCCCGGGCCACAUUGCAUGCGAUGGUGAUAGCCGGAGUGAGAUUGUGGUUCCAAUCAAAGCCGGCGGAAAGGUCGUCGGUGUCAUCGACAUUGAUUGUGCAGAAGUUGGUGGCUUCGACGAGCAGGACCAGAAAGGUCUUGAGUCCAUUGCAGACUUGCUGGCCAAAUCCUCGGACUGGUAG